AUGGUAACCAUGCUUGGUCCAAAUUUGCCCACGGAGCCAUCUACGACCUCUCCAUCUGUAAUGCCCGUUCACGAAGUGAUUGUUUCCGGAAUCAUGGACGAGAUCGAAUCACAAAACCCUCAACCAUCGCCUCGGGCGAACCCUCCGCCAAACCCACCAUUCGUAUUUCCAGCCCGGGCGUCACCAUCCUCAGCCCCUUCCUCAUAUUCAAGGGCUAGUGGACGGAGACCGAAGUCUUUUGCGGAUUCGUUCCAUCUUGGAGUCGCCGAUACAACCAGGACCGAUAGGCGGGCAUCGCUGUCCCCUCAACUUCCAGAAUUCUCAUUCAACCCUGGUGCUCGGUCACCAAAGCCCGAACGACCUUCAACCGGCCUCUCACCUCAACUUCCCGACUUCAAGUUCAAUCCUGGGGCUGGCAUGGCACCUGCACCACUCGAGCAUCCGUUUCUCAGCCCGCCAACAUCACCACACACCCUGCAAACGCCUCCGUCACCCCGUACGAUUCCCACACGGCCUGGUGGGCACAGACGUGGCGGCAGCGAAUUUGUUGGAGGGCAGAUUCGCAGUGGAGAUGCAAUAACUGUGUUCAGUACGAGCCCAACCAAGUCCGAAAGCGGGUUUGCCUCUCCUCAGCUCAAGCCCGCAAACCCCAAUCCUCGCAGAGGACACGCACACAGGCGUUCGGCUGCAAUUUCAAGUCAUGAUCUUUCCAUGAUUUUGAAACCCACAAACCCGCCGCCAAGGGGCAGCAGCGCCCCAUCAAGCCCCAUAGUGAACGAACCAGCACAGAAAUUUUCCUUUCCUAACCUAGCCGAAAGCGCUCCAGAGCCAAAACCCUCAGACUUGACCAAGGAUGAAGAGUUACCUGCAGAUGCUCUCACUGAACCAGAGCCAGUUCAGGAAGAGGCUAAAGCUCCUGUAAGGCCUAUGAAUCGGGCCAGGGUUGGGUUCUCUGAUACACUCGAGUUCAUCCCCAGACCUUUGUCUUUGGUGUCGAGUGACACGUCCAGCACCAUGACUGCCCGACCCGGACAUUCCCUCUCUGGGAGCAUUUCAUCUCUUAUCUCCCUUACCAGCACGACCAGCAAUGAACGAAUCGAGACGUAUGCUCUCAGUCCUAGCCCGUCGCGUAACUCGACCGAACCGAGGCCUAGCACGGCAGGCGCGAUUCUCGAACGGUCACUCAGUCCUCUCCCAGAAGGGCCGACGAAGUCCCCUCAACGGCGCAACUCGAUACCGCUCUUAAACAUUGCUGCUGCGAACGCACAGAUUGAUGCAGACACACCUAGCCCUGGCAAGGCACAGAAGCGUUGGUCUUUCUUUGGGCUCGAGCCUUUCACAGGGUCACUGUCUCCCACGCAGCCCAGACGGUCAAGUGCAAGCUCCUCUGAUACGGCCACAAAGCAAAGCAACUCGUCAACUUCAUCAGUAGGUCUCGAAAGCGAGCCUACUCCCGACUUGGUUACCGAGGAUGAGACAGCUGGGCACAAGCCCGGCAGUCGUAAAAACGGCAAAGUGAAGAAGAAGAAGGUUAGAUCUUGGGCUGGGUCUAUACUGACCAAGAAAACGAAGCCACGCCAUAGCAAGAAGCCUUCAAAGAGCCGAUGCCUUCCUUCGCUGGAAAAUGUGCAACCUGGCGAAGUCAGUGGGGAACUCGACAAUGUAGACUGGGAGCAAAUCAGUCAACAAGCUACAUCGCCGGACGCGACCUCAGCAGAGGCCGAUGCACACCAGCCAAGACCCGACACACCACCUGAAGAGGAGCCUUCCUUUCCCAUGAUAGAUCUCGAUGCCGCCCUUGGACCCUUCAACACACCGCUGCCAAGAAACCCAGAAUGGGAGGCAGCUCAGCGUGCCAGUGGUUUGACAAAAAGGCCACUUCACAGUGCUGCUCGUCUCAGUGGUUUUAGCGGGCCUGGAAUGAACUAUCAGCAUCGCCGCGCUGAAAGUGCACCAGAGAUGCCCCCAUUUAACAGAGCAGGGCUUCCUCGCUACAACAGCAACUCUACCAUGGCCGACGUUUUCGAGGAGGAGGAGGAGGAGGAAGGCAGGUCUGACGAGAAGACUCACAGCGGUGAUUCGCCGACAAAAGCUUCUGACGGAUCCGCACAGGAUGGACAAACCUCCAAUAUCAACAUACAUGUUACCCCUGACACGAGUUGCUCCCCCUCUAUCAGGGCAUCCGACUACGACGACGACGCCAUUUCGUCACGAGCCCUGAGCCGCAGAGGCAGUAAUUUGAGCGGUUUGAGUGACGAAGAGAGGACGCAGCCAAGCAUGUGUGUGACUUCUGACUAUUCGGCCAGCUCACUUCAUGACGAGACAAUCAUGGAGGAGACGCCCGAGGUCAAAUGGAACAUCAAAGACAGCAAUAGCGCGAUGGGAAGUCAGACAUCCGAUUCGUCGACUCCUUCACCACGUCGGAUAUUCAAGGGGAAGGACUUGGCACCAGUGGACGUCAGCCCCUUACAACUGCCAACCCCCUCGCUAGCACCUGUUAGCCCGUACUCUAUCGGCCAUUCAUCCUCGUUCCCGUCUCCUCGAUCGCCGAUGUCGUAUGAGGACGGAAACCGGAUCUCAACGGCACCAUCCUCGGUCACAGAGGACAACUUUCAGUCUCUACUCAUGGGAGAGCCUGGGCCUGAAGUGCGCAUCUCGAUGGAAAUUCCCUCUCUUACCAGCAGCAACUCAACUAUGACAAGGGAGAGUGCGUUUGUGCAACAACUCUCGCACCCGCCAGUUCGAGGAGAGCGCCCGGCUUCUUUCUCAUCACCGUUUGGACGCAGGGGUAGUCUAGCUAGUAUUGGUCGUCUGAUCAGUACAUCACACGGCGAGAGGAGCAAAUUAUCGACCGAGGUUUCUCUUGAAACCGAGGAGGCGGACAAGAAGCAGAAGAAUGGCAAAUCAAAACGAUUUAGCCGCCUGAUGCAGUUCUGGAAACCAAAGGAAAGCACGGCAGCCAAAUGA